AUGCACAAUGCCACUACCUGUGACGAAAAACUUUCAGACGCCCCACAACGGUCAGAUGAGUGGUUCGCCCUCCGCAAGGACAAGCUAACAACAAGCACCUUCAGCACAGCCCUCGGCCUCUGGAAAGGAAACCGCCGCUACGAGCUCUGGCACGAGAAAGUUUUCCCUCCUUCCGACUCGGACUCAGGUGUGGGCCCCACCAAGCGGGGCGCCAUGGAGUGGGGUGUUCUCAAUGAGGCAGUGGCGAUCGAGCGGUACAAGAGCAUAACAGGCCGAGACGUGGGCUCGUUGGGCUUUGCUGUCCACUCAGACGAGGGGCUCAACUGGAUCGGGGCCUCGCCCGACGGGCUCCUCGGGUGCUUCCCGGGAGGUGGGAUUCUGGAAGUGAAAUGCCCGUAUAAUAAAGGUAGGCCCCAGACCAUGAUGCCAUGGUCGAACGUGCCGUUUUAUUACAUGCCUCAGGUGCAAGGGCAGAUGGAGGUGAUGGAUAGGGAUUGGGCGGAUCUGUACUGUUGGACUCCAAAUGGGAGCACGAUAUUCCGUGUGUGUAGAGAUCGUGGGUAUUGGGAGUUGAUGCGUGGGGUCUUACGUGAGUUUUGGUGGGAGAAUGUUUUGCCCGCGAGGACAGCUCUUUUGACGGGGAAAGGGGCGGAAGAGGUCGAGUUGUUCAAGCCGAGCUCUACGCAUAAGUUGACGGGGCUCAUCAUAUCCAGAAGCUUGAAAAUGGCAGGCGAGACAAAGUUGCUGUGUAAGGAGAUUGCGGGGCAUGUCGAAUAUUUUCGUUGA